AUGUCCGCACAAGACCAAGACCCGUUCUACCUCCGUACCGGCCACUCUGGCCGCCACGGGCACGAGUUCCUCGAGUUCGAGUACUCGCAUGGCCGUCUGCGCUACGCGAACAACUCCAACUACCGCAACGACAGUCUCAUCCGGAAAGAGAUGUGGGUUGGGCCCCUGGUGGUAAAGGAGCUCAAGCGCAUCGUCGAGUCGAGCGAGAUCACCAAGGAGGACGACACGAACUGGCCGAAGCCGAAUAUCGUCGGCAAGCAGGAGCUGGAGAUCCGGAUUGGGAACGAGCAUAUCGCUUUCGAGACGGCAAAAAUCGGCUCGCUUGUCGACAUUCAAGAGAGCGAGGACCCCGAGGGGCUGCGUGUCUUCUACUACCUCGUCCAGGACCUUAGAUGUCUCAUCUUCUCGCUCAUCUCGCUGCACUUCAAAAUCAAGCCCAUCUAA